AUGCGAUCCUUAUUAACACUACAUCCCCCAACUUGCCUAUAUAAACCAACACCGUUCUCAUUCCCUCCCCACUCUGCCAACCUUAAUUUGCUUCAUACAUUGGAAGCUCUUAUCAGCAUCACCGCCACCACUUUGGCUGAAACUGCCACCGGCGCCGCCACCGCUACAACCAUGGCAACACCAACACCAAGGUUACUACUAACAUUUUCCAUCAUAGUCAUCCUCAUCAUCAUCACAACAUUGGCGCCGUCGCCGCUGCCAAAUGAGGCAGAUGAACCCAAUCAACUGCCUGCUCAGGAAGCUUCAGCUGCCGGCGACGGCAAGCCGUACUCCGGCCGCCUACCGGUGCCUACCAUUCGUCGGUUUCUCGCUAAAUCUAAAGAAUUGACGUGUGAUAAGGACCCAAGUAUCUGCGGAUCAUCAACAAAGGGUGGCCCUGAUCACUGUUGCGAGAAGAAGUGCGUGGACCUCAAAACUGACGGCCUCAACUGCGGUAAGUGUGGGAACAAGUGCGAGGUCAACGAGGCAUGCUGCAACGGGAAGUGCGUGAAUCUCGCCACGGACCGAAAGAACUGCGGGAGUUGCGGAAAUAAAUGCCGUCGAGGAUCCAAUUGCUCAUAUGGCAUGUGCGGCUAUGCACGUUAA